CUUUGUUCAACACAAUCAUUUUUGCUUCUUAAAAGGAAACGGAAGAUGAAAGACCGACUUCAAGAACUAAAGCAACGAACAAAGGAAAUCGAACUCUCUAGAGACAGGCAUGUGGCGGCUACAGAAGCACAAGAACAAGGGGUGUUUUUGCAGCAAGCUGUUAUUUAUGAAAGAGAGCCGGUAGCUGAGAGACACUUACAUGAGCUCCAAAAACUACAGGAGAGUAUUAACAAUCUGACAGACGAUGUUCAAAAAUUUGGGCAGCAACAGAGAAGUCUGGUGGCUUCAAUGAGAAGGUUUAGUCUACUUAAGAGAGAGUCUAGCAUUACAAAGGAGAUAAAAAUACAAGCAGAACACAUUAACAGAGGUUUGGAUGAUAUAGUAAAACAAGUUAAAAAGUCAGAGGCUGAAAAUGGUCCAUCAUCCGUAGUGACAAGGAUACUUAAAUCUCAGCAUGCUGCCAUGUUCCGCCAAUUUCAACAAACAAUGUUUACAUACAAUGACACAUUAGCAGCAAAGCAAGAGAAGUGCAAGACAUUUAUUUUCCGUCAGCUUGAAGUUGCUGGAAAAGAAGUCCCUGAAGAAGAAGUAAAUGAUAUGCUUUGUCAAGGCAAAUGGGAAGUUUUUAAUGAAAGCUUACUUACAGAAAUCACUAUCACUAAAGCACAACUCUCAGAGAUAGAACAAAGACACAAGGAACUUGUUAAUUUGGAGAACCAAAUAAAGGAUUUAAGGGACCUCUUCCUUCAGAUGUCUCUUUUAGUAGAGGAACAAGGAGAAAGCAUCAACAAUAUUGAAAUGAUAGUGAAUGGUACCAAAGAAUAUGUUAACACGACUAAAGAGAAAUUUGGACUGGCUGUAAAAUACAAAAAAAGAAAUCCUUGUAAGGUAUUGUGUUGUUGGUGUUGUCCAUGCUGUGGCUCAAAAUAA